AUGUCUGCUCCCGCCCACCCGCACAUGAGCCCUGCUUCAGUCAAACCAAACCGGUUUGUGACUGUGCUGUGCGCCGCGGCGUCAAUGGAAAUGCUCCGCGGGCGUCGCCAGCAGCAUCAGAGCUACGCUACAGUAAGUCAUGGAUCCAUCACUAACUGGAGUCCCGAGUGGCCCUGCUCUCAGAUCAGGCGUAUCACUGUCCACCUCAACUGCUACCUCAAAUCAGACCAGACCCAGAGUCAAUAUGCCGACCCCCCCUGCGACGCCCACCACCUCCUCUGCCUUGCCACACUUACCUGUGGGACAGCUUUCACGAGAGCCUCUAUUGGGGGAAGGUCUCAGCUCAAUGCGGCCUCUCCAAGCGCGCCACCGCCAGGAGACCAAGAAGAAGAAUUUAGUUUUGAGGUGUUGGAGGAGAGAGCAAAGUCAGGAGAUGCCAAAGCCCAGAUGAAGAUGGGCCGAUACUUCCUGGCCCUGGGAGAGGAGAGAGACGAGGAGCUCAAUAACUGUACGGCAGUGACUUGGCUGAUUCAGGCAGCCAAACAGGGGCGCAAGGAUGCUGUCAAACUACUACAGCAGUGUUUGGCUGCGAUGAAAGGCAUCACACUGGAGAACUAUGAAGAGGUGAAGAAGCUGAGCACAGAGUCACGUUUUGAAAGGGGUGUGAGAAAAGCAGCUCUGCAGAUGUACUGGAAACUCAACCCAGAAAGAAAGAAAUCAGUGGCUGUUUCUGAAAUGCUUGAAAAUGUGGGGCAUGUCCACAGUGAGCCAGGUCAACACGUGUCCCAGAGCCCACUGAACAGUUCUACGAAGCAGCAGAGAAGGGUUCUGGAGAGGAUGGUCAGCAGCGAGGCCUGCUCCCAUGUGGGUUUCGACGACUUUGUUGAGAUGACUAAAAAGUAUGCUCAGGGGGUGGCGCCAUCUCGGUUCAUGGCUACAGCUGGAGACGACGAUGAGGACGACGUCGAUGGGGUUCACGUGAAGAAUCCGGACGAACUCCCUCUUCCUCAAAAGAUGCUAAAGUUCCCCCUUCACGCCCUGUUGGAGAUCAAAGAGCACCUGAUCGACUGGGCGUCCCGGGCCGGCAUGCAGUGGCUCAGCGCCCUGAUCCCCACGCACCACGUCAACGCACUCAUCUUCUUUUUUAUCAUCUCCAACCUCACCAUAGAAUUCUUUAUAUUUUGUAUUCCCCUGCUAGUUUUUUAUCUUUCAUUCUUUUCCAUGGUUAUCUGCACACUCAAAGUAUUCCAGAAUUCAAAAGCCUGGGAGAAUUAUCGCGCGUUGACUGAUCUGCUGAAACACUUUGAGCCUGGUCUUGACUUGGACCAGGCUGAGACCAACUUUGGGUGGACACAUUUGGAGCCUUACUUAUACUUCCUGCUCUCCGUGGUCUUCGUGGUCUUUUCCUUCCCGGUUGCUGACAAGUCCUGGAUCCCGUGCUCAGAGCUGUCCGCCGUAGCCUUGUUCUUCACCUUCACCGCCUUCCACAGCCUCCACGCCUCCGCCCAGAUGUUCGCCCGGAAGGCCCUUCUCACAGAGCUGCUCUCCGGAGUCUGCUCUCUCACGCGCCUGCUGCCGGACUCCUUCUGGAUUAUCAAACUCGUCAGCAUGACUUUCUUUUCGGUGCCCUUUGGAGAAGUCUUGGCGUUGAACAUAGGAGUGCCCUGUCUCUUAUACGGACAACUUAUCUAUCUUCUUUUUCGCAUGGCGCAAGCAAAGGGAUUUAAAGGGAUGUAUCUUUGCCUGGUGCCAUACUUGGUGUGUUUCAUCUGGUGCGAGCUGUGCUUAGUGUUUUUAAAUAACGCCUCUGCGAUUGGACUUAUCCGUACUUGCAUUGGCUACCUGCUGUUCCUAUUUUCCCUACCCAUUCUAACACUGGGCCUUGCUGCAAUGCUCAUCAUCCAGUUGUGGCAGUGGUUCUUUGCCCUGGAGGUGACCAAAAUGGUGGUGACCCUUGUCAUCUGCUUUGUGCCUGUAGUUUUGCGGCUUUGGACGCGUUUCAGUCUGGAUCCGCUCAAACUCUUGCAUUCGUUGUCUCGAAGCAGCAUAGUCAAACUCAUUUUGGUUUGGCUCAGCGCUGUGGUGCUCUUCUGUUGGAUGUACGUCUAUCGAUCAGAUGGCAUGAAAGUUUACAAUUCCACGCUGACAUGGCCAGAAUACAGCAAUAUUUGUGGUCCCCCAGCUUGGAAGGAGUCAAACAUGGCUCAGACUCAAAUCCUCUGCUCGCAUCUCGAAGGACACCGCGUCACAUGGCAUGGACGCUUCAAAUACGUUCGGGUGACUGAUAUCGAGAAUGGACCACAGUCAGUUAUAAAUCUACUGCCUGUUAUUGUGGGGAACUGGAUGCGUUGCCUCUAUGGCGAACCGUAUCCUAAAUGUGACGAAAGCAAAGAUUCAACUACCAGACACCAUCCUGCUAACGCCCCCGUAACAGAAAAUCCUUUAUGUAGACUUAAAAAACUAGCUAAAAAUGAAUGUCACGUCAAACGCUUCGACCGAUACAAGUUUGAAGUGACGCUGGGCAUGCCUCAAGAAAGAAAGACUAAGAACGGCACAAUCAUAGAAGACGAAGACUCGACUAAAGAUAUUGUUCUGAGGGCAAGUAAUGAGUUCAAAUCUAUGCUUCUACAUUUGAAAGGAGGAAGUCUGGUGGAGUUUAGUACCAUUCUAGAGGGACGCUUAGGCUCCAAGUGGCCUGUGUUUGAACUAAAAGCUAUUCAUUGCCUGUCCUGUGGAGGUGACCGGCAGCCCGCGAGGAAACAGUACAAAAUUGAGCACGACUGGCGGCGCACAGUUCAAAAUGCAUUACAGUUUGGUUUUGACUUCUUCUUCAGCCCCUUCCUCACAGCACAGUUAGAACAUCCAGACCCAGAAUCUGGGACGGACAUUGUGAUCAAGGAUGAUGCAUAUGAUUAG